CUAAUCCAUACCGCAUCCAGCAGGAUCUGUUCCACAUGAUACCACCCAUCGUCUUCACACCCCCCUUCUCGAAGCAUGCCAUUUCAUUCGUUGGCUCCCUCAUUGGCUUUGAACUCGGUAAUGCACGUCACAGGCCCGUACCAGCUUUACCUGCUUACGCCCAGGACGAACCAAUCCCCUUUGAGGAGUGUGUGCGAAUCCAUUGAUGUGGGUGGUGAUCACCCCUCUUUUUUCUCUUCUGGUGUGCAAGCGAGAUUUUGGCGCUCGAGGUUGGGUAGUGGGACGUCGAGACGAGGGGGCGAGCGAGUUUGAGAGUCUGGAUAGAUACUUCCUCGACCUUUUGCUUUCCUUUGAGAGAGGAUUAAUUCCAAAGUGUGAGACGGUGGAUUUGUGGGGUUCUGUGGAAUCCUGCUUGGUGAGGUAUGGGUAGGUGUAUCUCGCGAUUUCGUCCCGUCUUUAUUUAAGGGUCGAUGCCACAAGUUGAGAUGGCUAAACUGCAGGUUACUUCAUUCUUUUUCUAUUUCCGUUUAGAUUAAUCGUCCAAUCUUUUAUCGAGAGCUUGGUCUCUCCAUAGGGUUUAUUACAUUCAUUACGUUCAUUCAACCACCAUUUUUAUUUUUCUUCUUCGGCCUUUUCGCGAAAUUCGUGUUCUUGUUUAUUUUCACUCUCCGCGAACGUAUAUCAAGAUGUUAUUCUCGAAGCUUUUCAUGCUGGCGCUGGGGUUUGCUGGGAUCAGUACAUGCGUCUCAGUACCACAACGAUCGGAAUAUCGUUCCGUGAGUGCGCUUCGUCGCUUAGAAGAUCGUCAGAAGCAGGCUGCGACUGGGAAUGGCAAAGGGGAUAACUGUGUACCUGCAAACUUGAUACAAAGUGCCAGCGCAAAGACAGGACAAGAACCUGGGACGGACGGAAUAAAACCUGGACAAGCACCUUCGGAUACGUAGGUCUGACCCUUCAGUUAAGUUCAAGAGCACAUACUAACUGCAAGACAGUGACAACAACAACUUCGUAAACUUCUGCACUGGUCAAAAGAUCACCAAUGGCGUGCAAGUCACUGGCGGCUCAUGUAACGGUAUCCCCAUGGGCCAAAUCCCCGCAACCAAAAACAUGGUCGCAGCCAUGAUAACCUUCCCUCUCCUCGGGGACGAAGUCACCGCCAACCAAACCUUCAACAUCUCCGUUCAAACCGCCCACCUCGACGCAGGCUUCUUCGUCAAUCCCACCACCAACUACUACACAGCCCCCCAAGCUUUGAACAAAGACGGAGACAUCAUCGGACAUUGCCAUGUCACAAUCCAAAGCAUUGGCUCUCUACGAGACACGACACCGCCGGAUCCAGCGAAAUUCGCUUUCUUUAAGGGCAUUGAUGACGCGGGGAAUGGGAAGGGUCUUCUUCAAGCUCAGAUUGCGGAUGGGCUUCCUGUGGGUGCGUAUCGGGCUUGUACUAUGAUGUCUGCUAGGAAUCACCAGCCUGUUCUUAUGCCAGUUGCUCAGCGAGGUGCGCAAGAUGAUUGUGUCAAAUUUGAGGUCAAAGAAGAUGGGAAUGAUGGCAAGGCAGGUGGUGAUGCCGCGGCUGGCAAGGGGAAGGCCAAAGGGGCUAACGCUCCUGAAGGAAAGGAAAACGCAGGUAAUGCUCAGGCAGGUAAUGCUCAGGCAGGUAAUGCUCAGGCAGGUAAUGCUCAGGCAGGUAAGGGGAAUGGCGGUGCGAAGAAUGCGGGAGAUGCGAACGUAGGUAAGAUGGAAAGUGGAAAGGUGGAUGGUAAAGCAAAAGACCAGAAGAAGUGAGCAGCGAGGCUUUGUAUAUUGAUGAUUUCUGGUUACGUUGAGCGGGAGCCAGGAGAUCGAUGUUUCUUUUCUCGCUGCUUUUAAAUUCAAGUAAUUUUCCUGCCAUAAGGUUUUGUUAGUACUUGUUUGGAAACGAUAGCAAUAUCCCUGUCUGAGUAGCUUAAAUGAAGC